AUGGCUGCUGUUAACGAUAUAAUUCUUGGUAUUGCGGCUGAUGUUCUUAAGCCAGAAGAUGCCAUGUUACUCAUUUUGCAUGAUGAUGAAAGAGAGAAACCAAGGCGGUUCGGCGUGUUGCUGCAGGACCUUGAUGACGAGACAUACCGCCGCAUAUUUCGCUUCGAGAGGCAGGAUGUGGAGCGGUUGUGCUUGGCCCUCCAAAUCCCAGAAAUGGUGACGUGCCGAAAUGGAACUUCAGUUCAUGGUUUAGAUGCGUUACAUGUUCUGUUGAGACGGCUUGCCUACCCGAAUCGGUUGAUCGAUAUCUCAAUCGACCACUGGAAGACACCAAGUGAGGUAUCAUACAUUGUUCAUAGAAUGCUUGAUCUCAUUUAUGAUCAGCACGCCCAUCUACCAGGACUGGUUGGCUCCGCCAAGGCUACGGGAGUUUGCCGACGCAAUACGAGACAAGGGUGCCCCCUAGAAAACUGCUGGGGCUUUAUUGACGGAACUGCGCGCGCCAUCUGUCGGCCAAUUCGAAAUCAACGGCAAAUGAACAGUGGCCACAAAAGACAGCACUGCUACAAGUUUCAGUCCGUCUCCGCCCCGAACGGGAUGAUUGCGAACAUGUAUGGUCCCGUAGAGGGCCGGCGUCAUGAUGCCGCAAUGCUGAGAAUGAGUGGGCUGCUUGACCAGCUCGAGGCUUUGGAUCGUCAAGCUCCUGGGUAUAUGUUAUAUGGUGAUCGAGCCUACCCGAUUCGCCCCUGUCUGUUGAAGCCGUUCGGAGGAGCUGCACUGAACGACCAGGAGGCCGAAUUUAACAGGAGGAUGUCCCGGCUCCGAGUCUCUGUGGAAUGGACAUUUGGGAAGAUCAUUUCGAAUUUCGCAUUUCUGGACUUUAAAAAAAAUCAAAAGUUGUAA